GUGACGUUCCACUGCCUCCAUUGGUGACUCGGCUCAAGUCAACUGCCCUUUGUAGACUCAGUCAGCCUGAUGGCACUUACUUAAUGCUUCCUGAUUCACAGUUAAAGAGAUGCUAUAAAGGCUUUGUAUCGUUUCAGACUGUAGUUUUCAAAACUGGUCCCUGAAAAUUGUGCACAAUUGUGUGCAACGUCACCCAUUUCGUGUGAUAUGUUACGUCUUGAAUUUUCAUUUUCUUUUUCAUAUGGUACGUUACGAAUUUGUUAGUGUUUAAGAUCCCGUUCAAUCUCUUCAACUGUAGUAAAGCCUCUCAUUUAGGUGUCAUGUUUACACACAUAGCAGGUUGCUGUUGGAAACGGACCGUUGUCCGGUCUUCUCCAUGGGGACCGAGCUAAAGCCAAGUUAGUGAGUCAGGUUAGGGAACGGGUUAGGGACACGGUUAAGGUUGGUUAGGGAUGGGUGGAAUACUGUAAUUUGACGGAGGAGGUUUCUGUUGAGAAGGUGGGAGAUAAUUUCUAGUGAAGCAGCUCGAUAUAGAUAGUAGAGACCGAAUGCAACUGUUUUUAUAUGAAUAUCAAAUAAUUUCUGGGUAACAAAUACGUACCUUACUAGCUCGGUUUCCAUCCAAUUGGUGACAGAUGUUCAUGUGAAUAUUCCGCAGCAUAAAGACAAUAUGAGCAUUUCCCCACCAGUGGUGCGUUUUCACCAGAAUGACUUGUUGAGGACAAAAUCAGUGCGUGAUGACAUGUGCAGUGUUUCCCAACCCUGGUCCUUCAGUACCCCCAACAGACCACAAGACCGAUCCUCCAGUACCCCCAGAGUACCCCCAACAGUACACAGGACCGGUCCUCCAGUACCCCCAUAGUACCCCCAACAGUACACAGGACCGGUCCUCCAGUACCCCCAACAGACCACAAGACCGAUCCUCCAGUACCCCUAGAGUACCCCCAACAGUACAUCAGAACCGGUCCUCCAGUACCCCCAACAGACCGAUCCUCCAGUACCCCCAGAGUACCCCCAACAAUACACAGGACCGGUCCUCCAGAACCCCCAACAGACCACAAGACCGGUCCUCCAGUACCCCCAACAGACCACAAGACCGGUCCUCCAGUACCCCCAACAGUAGACAGGACCAGUCCUCCAGUACCCCCAACAGUACACAGGACCGGUCCUCCAGUACCCCCAACAGACCACAAGACCGAUCCUCCAGUACCCCUAGAGUACCCCCAACAGUACAUCAGAACCGGUCCUCCAGUACCCCCAACAGACCGAUCCUCCAGUACCCCCAGAGUACCCCCAACAGUACAUAGGACCGGUCCUCCAGAACCCCCAACAGACCACAAGACCGGUCCUCCAGU